AUGGCGAGCGACACAGACCUGCCUGCUGAUCGCUCUGACCAAACAGGCGAAAAAUUAUGUGAUAUAUGUCUAAGUAGUAUUAGAAAAAGUUGUAAAAAAUGUGUUAACAAUAAAUGUAGUGUAAGGUUACAUACCAAGUGCUUCGAACAAGUAGCGAAACUGUUUUUAACAACAAUAAGAGAUUGGAAAUAUAUGUAUGAUGCCCAAGGAGAAAAUAACCAGGUUACGUUGCAGACUAACUCUGAUGAAGAGGAAAUUAUAUCCAAUUUAAGAACCCAAGCAUGGGUAGAAAACCAAGAUUUCUUUCCAGUUGCUUGCGAAGGGGCAGCGUCCUUUCCACACCAAAAUUUAAUACAGGAUAUGCAGCGAGUGCAUUUAAACGCCCAGAGUUCAACUUCCAAUACAAGUUUAAUUCGAAUUGAUUCAAAUAAUUCCGAAUUCGUUGAAGAUUUUGAAUCAAAAAUAAUCCAAACUACAAUCCAAAGGUAG